AUGGAAUUUCUUGUCCCGUUGCAUGUUGCCGACCUAGAGUUAGCAAAAGCAGGACGUUAUCAUGUUCAAACAGUACAAACAUUUGAAGAUGAGAAUGAAAAAGAGAUUGUAAUACAUAUUCAGCGACUAGAGGAUCAAGUAUUAGGUAGUGAAGCAGGUUUAGAAUUGUUACAAGAAGAGUGGUUCGACUUGACAUAUAGUCUUGUAAAGAAAUUACCAUUACUGUCAGAUUCAAUACGAAUGCGUUUGAUUGAAAUGCUCUCAGCUUUUGUAAGCAACGUUACGGAAAGCGUCUUGACAAGACGUCAUGAUGAUGAUGGAGAUGACAUGAUAUUCCUUCGUAGCACUUUUAAAGCUAGUGUCUACUUUCUUGUAACAUCACUUACAAGUGUCUGUAGUCUACAGAUACAAGUAGAGAAAGGUAUUCUAAAGACGAAAAAGACCCAAGCAUCAACAAGUAAUCGGAUUCAUUGGAGUAAAGUGGUGGAAAGUGCUAUUCAAAAACUCAGUCGCUCUAUUAGCCCAGCGACCUUUAGUAUGUGGAAUAUGAAGGUACCAGAGGAGGAGUUCUCAAUGCUCUACUGCAAAGUUGUCUUUAAGUUGCUUGGCAACGCGACGCUUUGCCGCGGAAAAUCGCUCAAGCCAAAGCUCUACCAUCUUCUCGCGAUGAGUCUCCAGAAGGCACCGGCUAUCCAUAUUUCGGUGGUAGCCUCGGUUAUCGACCUUAUCUACACACAUGAGCAUUUAAGCGCCCCCAUUGCAGAACUGGUUGAACUGCUCUUUUUCAAGUAUUCCAACACAACCUUUGCAUCGGAUCUCAUCAGCGAGAUUGGGAAAAUAUCAUCUCGGGACGCCUCAAAAGAUGUAGCGGGAACGCGGAACAUUGCCAUGUUCCUUUCAAGUCUAUCAACGCUAACUCCAGCGUUGAUAAUGGGAAAUCUGAGUUUUGUGUUGGCUUUGUUGGACUCGGAAGCAUAUCAGCUUCGAAAUGCUGCUGUUACAUGCGUAACACAAAUUCUGCUUUGGAAUUUCCGGCAGAGCCGACAACCUGAUGAUACUGUAGUUAAUGAGGUGAAGAAGAAAUCACGGAGGCUGAAAAGAAGCGACAGAGAAACAAAGAAUGAUCUGUCUGACAGCGACAACAACAGUGACGAAGAGGACAGCAGUAGCAGUGACUCUGUUAAUGAGGAGGAGGUCGAAAAGCCCGACAAAGAAUCCCCGCGUGCCUUGCCGCUACAUAUGCUAAAGAACGUGACCUUAAUGGCCGUGGGACGGUUGCAGGAUAAGGCAGCGGUGGUUCGCCGUCAUAGCAUUCACUUACUCUCAUUGCUAUUGGAAAGAAACCCUUUCAUGGGUAAUCUAAAUCGUAAAUUUUAUGCGAAGAAGCGUGAUGCGUUAACAGAGGAGAUGAAGAAGAAGCGGGAUGAAGUAAUUGCCGGUGCGGAGAAGGAGAUUAACGAAGCGAUGGGUGAACUCAUUAUUGUAAACGAAGGCACGGCGGCCCCUUCAACCGCAAUCUCUUCGGAUGAGCAAGGUGCUUUGCUUGAAAAGGAGCUACAGAAGACCGUGCAGCUGCUGAAGUUUUACCAGGAUGCUAUCGAUUUUAUUGAUGAGUUUGAGCUACAAGCAAUCCCAUUGAUGGGCCAACUGCUGGGAAGCAAAUCAAUGUCUGAUGUGCUGGAAGCUAUUCAAUUUUUUGAAAAAGCAUACCGCUUCCGUCUAGGCGCAGCCCAAGCCGGAAUCAAAAAGGUUUUGCCACUGACAUGGCGGUCUGAUGCAUCUCUACAAGAGCAGCUGUCCAAUACUUUCGUGGCUUUAUUCAUUCGCAUUGAUGAGGAUGACCCUGAGCGAAGCUCGCCGCAACUUGUGGCAGAAAACCUUGUGAAGUUUUUGGAUGAGUGUACUGUCGCUGAGUACACGUGUCUUGAGCGGAUCAUGGGUGAACUCCAUCGUAGCCAAAAGGUGCCAAUGGUAGUAAUCAGCUCUCUUUGGGGACUUGUGGAUGUGACAGUAUACCCAGUCUCUGUCGUAAGCAACGCGUUGGCUCUACUUAGCAUGAUCGCGAAUAUUGAUGAUUCGAUGUUGUUUUCGAACGAUCGUCUCGGCCAGGUCCUCACGAUGGGUUUUGGUGACGUGGCAUGUAGCCCAGACUCACGGUAUCGUAUUCUUGGAGCUGCCUGUCGUUUGGUACAAUGCAUUCAGCUGGAGCCGAAACAAUUAGUCGCAAAAUCUAGCAGUCAAACGCAGAGACGUAUACAGCGCUCAAAUCUAGAUGCGACGGAGCAGAUCGUUCUUCGCUUGCAGCGAUUUCUUGCUCUAGAUUUUGUGGGUGACAAUGGAAUUGAAAUGGCGUGCUUGCAUUCUACAUGGUUUGACACCGUGCAACAAUCGAUUGAAUCCAUUUUCUCCAUUUGUGAGCGUCCAGAAGACGUUUGUGGUGACGUGGUUAAGCAUUUAUCGCUGCGUCUCUUUGAAAGUGAGACGAACGAUGUGUCGCGUGUAGAGCUGGCACAUUUUUUUUUCGUGUUGGGUCACUCGGCAGUGAAAGUAGCUAUUCAUGUGGAAAAACUGGCUGCGAAAGUGAAGAAAAUGCGUGGCAAUCGCAAUGCAGCGGCUAAGCCGGCUGAUAAUUCUGCGUCAAAUGGCGAUGCUGAAGACGUUGCUGCGAUGGAGGAUGAACUUGGUGUGGCCGCUGAGGUCGAGGCAGAGGAGGACACUUUUGUGAACAAUAUUAUUCAAAAGGAAAUUGCCUGCCGCAACCUGCUUGGAAUGUAUGGUCCACUUAUCAUCCGUGUGCUUGUGGGCACAGAGGACGAGUUCAAAAGUGACGAGCUAUUGACAGAGUGCGCGGUGGUAGCCCUGAGCAAAUUCAUGGCUGUAUCCGAAGAGUUUUGUGAAAAUCACUUGCAGUUGUUGUUCACGAUUCUCCAGGAUUCUCCGCAGCCUUCUGUGCGAGGUGAUGUGAUUAUUGCGCUGGGAGAUCUCUCGUUUCGAUUCCCCUAA